AUGAUGAGCUUCUGCAAGAAAAGCGUUCACUCUUUUUUAGCUCUUACUAAUCAUCAUCCCAUGAGUGUUAGUAUUGAUGGAAAUUGUAAUUUUGAUGCUGAAAAGCCUUCUUGCAAAUGCCAAGGUGUUUGUAGUUCUCCCCCAGGAGGGCUAGGGCUGGUAACUGCAACAACAAGUGAAACACCAAACAUUCUUGAAUCAACAACUGUCAAAACUUCUUCCCCUUCAACUACUCCACCUUCCUCGCCGCCGCCGCCAUCAUCAUCUAUAGCCUCCAUCUUUAAAAAGGAUCCUGGUGGGAUUGGAUUUCUUGAUGAUAUCGGUGGUGGUGUUGAUGGUUUGAUGUCUUGCACUGAGAGUCUGGGGUUUGAGAGCUGUGAUGAGAGAAGGGUUGAUGAUGAGAUUGAGUUAUGUUCAAGGGAAAGAACAACAAUAACCAAGUUUAAAUGGAGAAAAGUUGGUGAGAAAAAGGAGACAAAGAAGUUUCCACCACCUAUUUCCUCUUUGAACCAAAAUGGUCAACCCAAUUUUUUCCUCAAGUCAGUCAGAAAAGAUGGUAGGCUUGAAUUGACAGAGGUUAGGAUUGAUAGGCAUGAGAUUUUACGUGCUUCGCGACAAGAUGGAAGGUUGCGACUACAUCUUAUUGCAGAUGAAGAAUCUGAAGUUGAUGAAGAAGAAUGUGAACUAGAACAAGAAUUUUUGGAGGAAGAAAAGGAAGGAGAAAAGGAGGAGGAGAAGGUUAAAGAAAACAACGAAGAAGAGAGUGUAGGGGAAUGGGGAUUGAGAGUGAAUGGAGAAGGGUUAAGAAUAAGGUGUCACGAACUGGUGGCUCACCACCAUGAUUACCACGGCCACCGCCACCACCACCAUAACAACGUCUGGAGCCAACAAUGUGUGCCAACAAGGUGA